AUGGACGACGACGACGACGACGCGCUGAGCGACGACCGCGAGUGGUCGCUGGGCUUUCUCGAGCGCGCGCGACGGGACGACGACCUCGAGGCGUGGCGGUUUCCGAGCAAGGCGGGCGGCGCGCCGGCGUGGAUGGAUCCCGUGCGCGUGCCGCGGGCGAGCGCGCUGGAGACGAACGAGGGGGAGCGAAUGGCGUUUUUGUGCCAGGUGUACGCGCCGGUGGACGCGGAGGCGAGCGCGUUUCAUCGGACGGUGUACGUGUUCGUGAACGGGACGCGAGGGGGCGAGACGCACGCGAGGGGCGGCGCGCGGGCGUUCAGGGGACAGCUUCCGAGGGCGAACGCGUUCUACGGGUGGGAUCCGGUGGCGGAGGGAGAAGCGGGGCGCGCGCUGACGGCGGAGGAGACGGCGACGCGGCGCGCGAGGUGCGAUUGGUGGGACGCGAGCGCGGCGGCGACGAAGACGUAUCCAGAGUACGAGUUGGUGGUGGAGACGGAGGAGCGAGGGGAGGGAGACGCGAUGGGGGGAGUGGAGUGCGUGGAUGGUGACGUGGGGGGGGACAUGACCGCGGAAGAGAUCGACGCGAUCGAGGCUGCGGUGGUCGAUGAGGAUAUGGAGCAGUUGGCGACGUUUCACGUCAUGCUGAAGAACGACCCGGAGCAGGUGUUGAGGUAUUGCCCGGAGCCCGGGGCGAAGCCGCUGUGGCCGUCGGUGACGCACGCGCCGAAUACGGAUAACAUUCCGCACUGCGAACGGUGCGGCGCGCCGAGAAAAUUUGAGUUUCAGAUUUUGCCCACAAUCAUCAGUCAGCUCGGCGUCGACGCCGAGAGCGACUCCGCGCUCGAUUUUGGGUCAAUCGCCGUGUACACGUGUUCGAAGUCGUGCGCACCCGUGGCGUGUGAUGAGGGAGAUGAUCGCACGGGGGCGUACGCGGAGGAGUAUGUAUUGGUGCAUCCGCCGCUGAAUCAGUGA